CACCAUUUUCUAGAAUUCCGCCAAUCAGCGGUCAUCGGCGGAGACGGUUUGAAAUUGAGGCGGGCGAAGGCGGAAGAGAUGCUGGAACAAUAACAAACAGAGGCAGCUCUGUUGACUGAACACAGAUCACAUUUUAUUUUAUUCGAUUGGACUUUUAUUUUAACCAACAUGCUGAACUGUCCUCGUGCAUGUCGUGUAUUAUUUCACAGCGUAUAUUGUUAGGUAGCAAAAGGAGCUAAAUAGCAGUUAGCUAACGUUAGCCUCUGCCUUAUACUUCAGUGAGCUUAGAAGUUUUUUAUUUUUUACAACCGGCUGCCAUGUCGUUAUUUAGUGUGCAGGCAAGGAAGCACACGGCUUAUUAUGACCAUCUGGUGGCAACGUCCGCUUCCAGGACGCCGGGCCGAGAGCGCAAAGCGACGGACGCAACGGGAACAAAAACGGAGACAACUACAGAAGACUCAGCGAGCGAAGCCAGCAGGCGGUCCUCUGGCAAAAGCCGACAGGUGAACAGGACGUAUGUCAUCUCCGCGCUGUCCAAAAGCGGCAGCGGGACUCCGGCGUCUUGCCGCAGCCGACUCACACUGCAGAGAAGGUCGAGGAGGAAGAGCGUCUCCGGGAGAGCGGACAAAACUAUGGUGGGAAGCAGCUUGGACAGCACGCCGGCGGCUCCGGAGAAGAGACCGAGUCUGCAGCGCAGAACCAGGACGCCCUCGGUGGAUAAAGUCGCGCGCGGGGCGAGCAGCGCUGCACCGCAGGCGACGCCGAAAGUUCUCACCGAACCGAACGGCAGGACGGCGAGCGUGUUCCGGUCUGUAAGUUUGAGAGAAACGGCAUGCAAGAGCAGAGGAAGGGAAGCCGCGGUCGCUUCGGAAACUCCGGGCAGGCUACCGCACAGCCACACGAAGUCUUCUUCUUCCACCUCCUCGUCUUCUUCAACGAGCAGGCGACCAGAGGCGAACCAGGCCCAGACGUUCGAAACCCCGACUAAAAAGACCCCGUUUGAGACAAUCGCCUCCAAGAGAGACGUGUUCGAGAGACUGGCGGGGAGAGACGCCCCCAAACCAGGAGCGCUCAAAUCCGCGUCUGUAGCGAGGCCCAAGGCCCAAAGCCAGCACGCCGAUGACCCCAAACCGGUCCCUGCCCCUCGGGCCAGCAAGGCGUCCGCGGUCAAGCCCCACGCCGCCGUGCAGCCCAGGAAGACCUCCACCCCGGGUCAGAAGAGAGACGCGACCCCAGCAGCAGGAAGGACCUCCAUCCACCCUGCUGCGGCUCCUCCAGCGUCCAGCGAGCAGCUCGUGUCCCGUCCCAGCGAGGCUGCGGAGCCGCGGGACUCGUUCAAGAUGGAAAACAGUGCAGUGACGGUGGCGGUCCGCGUGCGCCCUUUCAACGCCAGGGAGAAGGCGGAGAAGGCGUUGCAGAUCAUCUUCAUGAACGGCCAGGAGACUGCUGUCAAGCAUCCAGAUUCCAAACAGAGCUACACUUUCAACUAUGACUUCUCCUUCUGCUCGGUGGAUGAAUGCGACCCCGCCUUCGCCAGCCAGCAGACGGUGUACGAGACCCUGGCCAGGCCCCUGUUGUUGAGGGCCUUCGAAGGAUUCAACACCUGCCUGUUUGCUUACGGCCAAACCGGCUCUGGGAAGUCGUACACGAUGAUGGGCUUUGGAGAAGAGGAAGGGGUGAUACCACGAUUCUGCCAGGAGCUGUUUACUAGAUUGGCAUCCAUGUUAAAUGAAGAGGUCACGUGUCAUGUAGAGAUGAGCUAUUUUGAGGUGUACAAUGAGAAGAUUCAUGACUUGCUGGUGACCAGAGAUGAGCCAAACCAAAGGACGAUGCCUCUGAGGGUGAGGGAACAUCCGGUGCAUGGUCCCUAUGUGGCUGACCUCUCCACGAAUAUUGUGAGCUCCUACAAUGACAUUCAGGGUUGGCUCAAGCUGGGAAACAAGCAGAGAGCCACAGCAGCUACAGGAAUGAAUGACAAGAGCUCCAGAUCUCACUCCGUCUUCACCCUGAUUAUGACCCAGACUCAGACUGAGUUUGUGGAAGGCGAAGAACAUGACCACAGUAUCACCAGCCGGAUCAACCUGGUGGACCUGGCCGGCAGCGAGCGCUGUAAUUCAGCCGGGACGAGUGGAGACAGACUCCGGGAGGGUGCGAGCAUCAACAAAUCCUUGCUUACCCUCGGAAAGGUCAUCUCUGCCCUGUCUGAGCAAGCACUGACGAGGAAGAAGGUCUUCAUUCCGUACAGAGAGUCUGUCCUGACAUGGCUGUUGAAAGAGAGCCUUGGUGGUAACUCCAAGACAGCCAUGAUUGCCACACUGAGCCCUGCCGGCAGCAAUGUGGAGGAAAGCCUAAGCACUCUGCGCUACGCCCAGCAGGCCCGCACCAUCAUCAACGUGGCUAAAGUCAAUGAGGACACCAGCGCCAAGCUGAUCAGAGAGCUGAAGGCCGAGGUAGAGAAGCUGCGAGCAGCCCAGAUGAGCUCCCAGGGCGUCCAACCAGAGAGGGUCCGGUCGUUCCAGCAGGAGAUCGCCGGCCUGAGGAACAAACUCUGUCAGCAAGAGAGAGAAAUGGUUGAGGCCAACCGUGCGUGGAGGGAGAAGCUGGAGCAAGCUGAAAUCCGCAAACGUGAAGAGACCAAAGAGUUGCAGAAAGCAGGUGUGCCGUUCAAAGUGGACAAUCGUCUGCCUAACUUGGUGAAUCUGAACGAGGAUCCUCAGCUCUCCGAGAUGCUUCUCUACAUGAUCAAAGAGGGUCGAACCACCGUGGGCAAGCUCAAGUCUGAUUCCAAGCAUGACAUCCAGCUGACAGGAGCCCUCAUCGCUGACCAACACUGUGUAAUAAUGAACACCCUGGGGACUGUCAGCCUCACACCUACGGACAAUGCCAAGACGUUUGUUAAUGGAAACCUCAUAUUUGAAUCCACAGUCCUACACCAUGGCGACAGGGUGAUUCUUGGUGGAGACCAUUACUUCCGCUUCAACCAUCCUGCAGAGGUGCAGUCUGGGAAGCGGGUGUCGUGCUGGACAGGCGCCGGGGACGGUCACAAAGACUUUGAAUUUGCCAAAAAUGAGCUACUUGCGGCUCAAAGAGCUCAGCUGGAGGCAGAAAUUGAAGAAGCCCAUUUGAAGGCGAAAGAGGAGAUGAUGCAGGGGAUUCAGGUGGCUAAAGAGGUGGCCCAGAAAGAGCUGUCAGACCAGAAGCUGCUUUAUGAGGACAGGAUCAGAGCACUGGAGAGAGAACUGAACGAGGAGACUGGGCGGAAACGGCAACAGGAGUUGGACCAGCAGAGGGUGGCCAACCAGAUGGCGGAGCUAAAAAAUGCCAAUUUGGAGCUGGAGCAGGAAGUGGACACCCACAAGAAACGCGUCCGCCUGAACAUGGAGGCCCAGGCGAUGGAGGAACACCGUGUGUGUCAAGCAAAGAUUGUCGAUGCCCUGGAGGCAGAGAAGAAAAAGAUCAGCCAAGAGCUUCAGGAGAUGCAGAAUAAAAGAGCAUUAAGGGAAAACCACACUCUCCAAAAUGUCUCUCCACAUUGGGAUGCCAUGAAGUUGUCCUUGAUGAUUGAGGAAGCUAAUAAGAUUAGUGCCAAACUGAAGAAAACCACGGUUUUCAGCAGACACGAAAGCUCUGAAAAGGACAACCGGGACCGUGAUGGUCUGCUGCAGGUGCGGGUCCAAAACAUAAAGCUGGGAAUCUCCACCUUCUGGAGCCUGGACAAGUUCCAAAACAACAUCGCUGCCAUGAGGGAGCUCGAUCAGGGGGAUUCCACCUCUAAAGAUGACGAUGUGUUUUAUGACCCCGAUGAUGAGUGGGAGCAAGAUAUAUCGGCCUCCUCUGCUUCUGCCUCCUCCUUCUCCCGCCGCAGGAGCCGGAGCUUGUUGAAAAGUCGGAGAAUCUCCGGCCGUCUCUACGAGAUCCGGGUCCAUCCCAUUCAGAGCCUCCACACCGGCCCCUCCCAGUCUGCUGGUUUGAUGGGUGCGGCCCAGCCUCCCUCCACCCAUUCCCGCAGUGUAGACUCUGCCGUGCCCGGCAUCUGCAAAGAGAUGAUUGGUCAGUCAGUGUCCCGUCUGCGGGGCGGCGGUGGGACGGAGGAGAGCAGGGCAGACAGGCUGGCUUCUGAUCUACACCUGAUUUACGCGGCGGUCCAAACGAUAUCGGACAUAUACGAUGGUCUGGAUGAUGACAGUCAAGAGAACGUGUUUCUGUGUAACUCGGUGGCCCUGACUCAGCUGCUCAAGGCCACGGCGGGCGUGGAGAGUACGGUGUGUGUUACCACGCAGUGGUUGGCCAGCGUUAAACCCUCCUCCGGCCAACUCCACAACAUCACUGAGGAGCUCAAGAGCCAAGUCAAGAAGAUGGGAGGGUUCUUCCAGCUACUCAUUCAAGGUUGUGAAUCUGAGAUCACGUCGAUGGUGACGGAGGCCCGGAGGAAGAGCAGCAAGUGUCUGGACGCAGCGUUGCUUGCACUGAGCCACCUGGCGGCGGUGACAGGCACGCCGCUGAAUGCUACGGAGCCGGGGGCCCAGGACACAGGCGAGCAGUCAUUUGUCAUGUGUCUGGUGAGGGGGACCAGCAUGGGCGUCAGCUCUCUCUUGGAGGAAAGCCUCUCCAUCAGCAGGGAAAUGCUGAGAGAGGCUCAACUGGCCUACCCAAGGAACCCAGUGCUGCAGGGCCUGAAGUCUAAAGUGGUUGAUUUAGCCCGUGCUCUACAGAACUACAUGCAUUGCCACAUCACGGAGAGAGACACAGGGGAAGAGGGGGGGGAGGAGGAGGAAGAGGGGGCCUCAACCCAUUUGCAGAGACUGAAGACUACGGUGACUGAGCUGUUCCAACUGAAGCAGGCCAUCAGACAGCUGCAUUCCUGUCUAUCUACUGCCCUACGAGGAAAAGUCACAGACUCCAACCCCAGCAGCUGCAGAGAGGCGAUCUCCUCCUCGGCCAAAGCUGUUGAUGAGCUAAUCACCGGUCUGUCCAAGGAAAAAGCGAUGACCCUGCAGCUUUCCUUUCUUCAGAGUGUCAUGGCUGCUCGCGACGAGCUUCAUUUUGCCCUCCUGUCCCUGUCCUCCUGGAGCCAACAGGUUGCAGGGGAGAGCGAGAGUCCUGCUGAUUCUGACAAUGGCACUGAAGAUAAAUUAUUAAGAAAAGAAACUCACAGUGCUGUAGGAAAUCGAGUUGUGAGUAAGAUAGUGUACUGUCUGCCUCCCGGUGCCACGUUAAAAGGCAACAUGCACUGGGUGUGAUUUAUGUGUUACUCUUUACGAUGUGUGCUCCCAUCAUGUACGAUUUACUGUAUCAAUGAAAUUCUGAUACGGAGAAAACUUCUGCUUGUAACAAACAAUAUGGCCUGGGUAUAUUUUUUUAUACACUCCUGUAGCGCCAACAUGGAGUCUGAAGCAACAAAGACUGCGGGCUUAUUCGGCGUCGCCAUCCAGUAACAAAAUAAACAAUAACGCGGCUUUCCAAAUGUGAGCAAUCUGCUUAUUUUUAUGGGCAGUUUUUCCAAUUAUAAAGAGAAUUUGACCAAGCAAUCAAAUUAAUUAAUUUGGGGGCUUGAAGCUGUAGCAAUCGUUCCUAUAAUAAAUAACUGUUUUAAUUGUACUUCACCAGGCCUUGUACUGUGUUAUUCAAACCUUUAAGAUUUCAAUCUCCAGCAGCUCAGGUAGUGUUUUUAAAAUGAAUAUUGGCAGGUUUUCACCCCAUGCAAUGUGCUUAAUGAUUUAACUCUUGUAUGGAGACCUUUUAUUUUUUCCCUGUAUUUACAUAAAGACUUGCACUUAUGUCUUUUAUUACACAUUGCAGCUAUUUUGCACUCAGGAGAGAAUUUUAUGUAGGUACUUCAACAAAGUAGUGUUUUAUUUCCUUGUAUCACUUUGUAAACUAUUUUAUAUGUUAACGUGUGCUAAUGCAAUAGCUUCAUGUGGGAAAAUGUCUUUCAUAUUGUAUGCUAUUCAAUAAACAGUGGAAUCCUGUUAAAGACUUUCCCGAAUAAUGACAAGAAUUUCUAUUGGUCGGGGGCACUGGGAAACGCAUUCCUUAACCAGGUUACCUUGUAGUAAAUGAAGCGCCAACUGUCCACAGGUACACCUAAUCUAUAAUACAUUUUACAUUUUGAAUUCACAGCUGAAAAGA